AGACAAGAUGCAGUAUAAGAACGUAUAAGAACAGCUCAUCCUCAUCAAUAUUUAUCAAUUAUUCCCAUUUAUAUUCAUACUCUUCAACAUGUCCAAACCACUCGCAAUCAUCGCCGGCGUUGGCCCUGGCACGGGCGCCUCCAUCGCUCAGAAAUUCAGCAAAGCAUACUCUGUCGUCCUUCUCGCCCGCAAUCCAGCCAAUUUCCAAGAUGUAGCUGCAAAGAUCAACUCGAAUGGCGGCGAUGCACUGGGCAUCAGCGCCGAUCUAUCCGACUCGGCCAGCGUCAGGUCGGCCUUUGACCAGAUCAACCAGAAAUACGCAGACUCGCCUCUCGCAGCUGCAGUCUUCAACUCUGGUGGUGGAUUCGUGCGAAAGCCAUUUUUGGAGUUGACGGAGGAGGAAUUCUCACAGGGCUUUGACAGCCAGGGGAGAGGAGCAUUCAACUUCUCCCAAAAGGUCCUCCCUCUUCUCUUGCAGGGCAAGAAUCUUCAACACCCCCCAACCCUUAUCUUCACCGGCGCAACAGCCAGCAUUAAAGGCUCGGCCAACUUCUCCUCCUUUGCAUCUGGCAAAUUCGCCCUCCGCGCGUUGGCUCAGUCGCUCGCUCGUGAAUUCGGGCCCAAGGGGGUGCAUGUCUCGCAUGUUAUCGUUGACGGGGUGAUUGAUAUCCCCCGCACCAAGGCGUGGAAGUUUGAGGCUGAAGAUGCGAAACUUGAUCCUGAUGCUAUUGCGGAAUCGUAUUGGCAUUUGCAUACGCAGCCUCGGACGACGUUUGGAUUCGAGCUGGACUUGAGGCCGUAUGUUGAGAAAUGGUAAUUUGUAUAGUGGGACACAUAAUGGAUACAUGUUGUAUCACAAUCAAUCGAGUUUGCAGUUGUAUAUUGGUAAAUAUAUACCCGAUGAUCGGAGUGUAUCAUGACACUUAGGGCGUGUACCCCACUUGGUAUACGAAAUUGCCAUUGGAACUAUGUAAAAAUUACCAAUAGCGGGAUUAUAUUCAUAU